AUGGCGGCGGCGAUGCGUUCCCUCCUCCGCAAGGCGGCGCCGGGCCUCGGCCUCAGGUCGCCCGGGCUGUCGCCGGCGGCUGGUUCCCGCCUCCUCUCCGCGACGGGGCGACAAGGGGUCUAUUCUGAUGAUGAUGAAACACUGGCUAAGCAGCGUGAGGAAAUAAAGCAAAUGACUGCUGAGUUUGACCAGAGCAUGCUGGAGAUCCGCAAGAACUUAGACGCCAUGGAUGAAAUUGCAAGGCGGAGUGCGGAGGACCAUGAGAAGUUCCUUAAGAAGCUGAAGAACAUUGAGAAGGCGUGCAACGUGGCACUGAUCGUUCUGGUGCCUACGACGGUUCUUCUACUUAUGUCUCUCUAG